UGGGAAGGUAACGGCACUCCAUCAUGCCAGCCACAUGACCUUAGAGGUGUCUACGGACAACGCCGGCUCUUCGGCUUAGAAAUGGAGAUGAGCACCAACCCCCAGAGCCGGACACGACUGGACUUAAUGUCUGGAGGCGCUCAAAGGGAUUGGGAUUUAGGGAAGGCCUAGGCAAACUUCAGCCCUCUAUGUGUUUUGGACUUAAGAAUUGUGGGAGUUGAAGUCCAAAACACCUGAAGGGCCCAAAUUCAGGCCUGGUGAACACUUUGAAGCUUUUGGAGGCGGGUUUCCGGAAGUGACGUCGACAUGGCGUUGUUGUGAUUCCGGGGUUGAGCCCUUGGCGCGCUCCUGGCAGCUGCACGUGGGGCAGGGGGUCUGCGGGGGCUGCUCUGGACUUAAAUAGAGGCCGGGUGGACCUCUCCGGAUGAUGUGUUGCAGGCGUCUUGGGCAUGCUUUAAAGGGGGCACAGAUCAAUGCAAGGGCUCUUGAGAGCUGGCUGUGUUUCCACUGGAAGGAAGCAAUAGGAGAAGAGAUAGAUGAGAUGACCAGUUUCUGGGUAGUUUGGGUUAUUUGAGAGGAAGGUGAAGUGGUGUUUGGGAAUGAUGUAGUUAUAGGUUUUUGGCGUCUGGCAAAUUGUGACAGAUUUCAGUUUUUAUAGAUUUUUUGUAAAGCCCCAAAGCAAGGGAAGGGUUUAUGGUUGGGAACAAGGUUGUUAUGGGUCUUUGAGGUCUGGAAAAUUAAAAUAGUCACUGAUUUUGAAGUUCGUAGAGACAAGGAGACUACAGAACAAAGGAAGGGUCUUUAGGGUCUAGCAAAUGGGUCUUUGAGGUCUGGCAAAUUAAAAUAAAGUCACUGAUCUUGAAGUUUGUAGACACAAGAAGGCUCCAGAGCAAAGGAAGGGUCUUUGGGGUCUGGCAAGUUGCAAUAAGGUCACAGAUAUUGGAGCUUGUAGAGACCAGAAAGCUACCAACAGUUUAUGUUUGGGAAUAAGGUUGUUAUGGGUCUUUGAGGUCUGGCAAAUUGAAAUAAAGUCACUGAUUUUGAAGUUUGUAGAGACAAGGAGGCCGCAGAGCAAAGGGAGGGUCUUUUCCUAUUGCAACUUCCUAUGGCAAGUUGCAAUAAGAUCACAGAUAUUGGAGCUUGUAGAGACGAGAAAGCUACCAACGGUUUAUGCUUGGGAAUAAGGUUGUUAUGGGUCUUUGAGGUCUGGCAAGUUGACGAUAUAGGACUUUGUAGAGACAAGGCUCCAGAGCAAGGGAAGGGUCUUUGGCGUCUGGCAAGUUGCAAUAAGAUUGACAAUAUUGGAGUUUAUAGAGAGAAAGCUUCAGAGAAAGGCAAGGAUCUUCUGGCUCUGGCAAGUUGAAAUAGGAUCACAGAUCUUGGAGUUGGUAGAGCGAAGCUCAGUAUGCCAGCUUGGAGUGUGGGUAGGCUGCUCACUAUUUUGUCACUUUUCUAGGAGAAAUGUGGCUCCCAGUACGUUCCUUGCACUACUGGUGCCUUCGGGGGAGACGGGUCCUUUCAGGCCACCAUCCUUGCAGACACUAUAAGAAGGAGACGCUUCCCUCACCAGAUGGGCCGGUCCCCCCUGCUUCAGUCACAGAGAUCCGCCAGUAUCUCCGGGCACAGGACAUCCCUUUCCAUGAUGGCUAUAGCUGCAUCCAUGUGCCCAGUGUUUUUGUCGAGGAGCAGCAGCAGGUUCGCCACAGCUACACUCUCUUUAUUGAUAAGACCACUGGGCGCUUUGUCUGCACUGCCAGCUUGAUUGAAGGCAACUGGCAGGACUUCCAGGCCAGUGUAGAGUUGCGGCAUAAAGGGGUGGCUGUGGGGAGCUUGGAGGCUAUUGAUCAGCCGAGAGAUCACACUGGGGAAGAUGCCAGGCAUAUCUGGGAUCGAGCCAUGCCUCUUUGGGAGCUUCUUGAUGAGCAGGAGACCCAGGAAGCCAAAGCCAAGUUUGGAAUUUCCAGUGUCUCAAAUGUGACUCUCAAACGGUUUGGUGUGCGUUACUUACGGACUGCUCAAGCUUUGGUGUUCCCAUGGUUCAGCCCUCGGGGCACUAGCCUGAAAGGGUUAAAACUGCUGGGAGUUGAGCACCAAGGAGAGAAAACACAUUAUGUGGAGAAUACCCUACCUCGCCCAAGUGCCUAUCACAACCUUUUUGGGCUACCGUUGAUUGGCCGACGUGAUACAGAAGUGGUACUGACUGGCCGGGAGCUAGAUACUCUAGCAUUACACCAAGCGACUGGGCUACCUACUUUGGCCCUGCCCCGUGGGAUUUCGUGCCUCCCCCCGGGCCUCCUUCCCUACCUAGAACAGUUCAAGCGGAUCACUCUCUGGUUAGGUGAGGAUCUUCGCUCCUGGGAAGCAGCCAAGCUCUUUGCCCGCAAACUGAACCCUAAGCGUUGUUCUUUGGUGCAGCCAAGUGACCAGCAACUCCAGCCCUUAGAGGCCUUCAACCGCGGCUUGAACCUCACCAAAAUUCUGCGCUCAGCCUUACCAGCUGGCCACAAGGCCAUCAUUUCGUUUCGCCAGCUACGAGAAGAGGUUUUAGGGGAGCUGGCCAACGUGGAGCAAGUAGCUGGAGUCAAAUGGGCACGUUUCCCUGACCUAAACAAGCUCCUCAAGGGCCACCGCAAAGGAGAACUUACUGUCUUCACAGGACCAACUGGCAGUGGGAAGACAACCUUCAUCAGCGAAUAUGCCCUAGAUCUCUGCAUGCAAGGAGUGAACACUCUGUGGGGUAGCUUUGAGAUCAACAAUGUGCGCUUGGCCAAGAUCAUGCUUACCCAGUUUGCUAUGGGGAGACUGGAGGAGCAGCUGGACAAAUUUGAUGAAUGGGCAGACAGAUUUGAGGAUCUUCCACUCUACUUCAUGACUUUCCAUGGACACCAGAAUAUCAAGACAGUGAUGGAUACCAUGAAGCAUGCUGUGUACAUGUAUGAUAUCACCCAUAUAAUUAUUGACAAUCUUCAGUUCAUGAUGGGUCAGGAGCAGCUCACAGUGGACAGGCUUGCUGUACAAGACUACAUCGUGGGUACUUUCCGGAAGUUUGCCACAGAAAACAGUUGCCACGUGACUCUGGUCAUUCACCCCAGGAAGGAAGAUGAAGAGAGAGAACUUCAGACAGCCUCAAUAUUUGGGUCUGCAAAGGCCAGCCAAGAAGCAGAUAAUGUGCUGAUCCUGCAGGACAGGAAGUUGGUGACAGGCCCAGGCAAGCGCUAUCUGCAGAUCUCCAAGAACCGCUUUGAUGGCGAUGUGGGGAUUUUCCCCCUGGAGUUCAGCAAAACCUCCCUCACUUUCUCCUCCCCCAUCAAGGCCAAAGCAGUCAAGUUGAAGAAAAUGAAAGAUGACAACGAUGUGCCACCUAAGAAAGCUGCUACAGGUGGGGCUUCAAAGAAGCAACGGUCUCAAUCACCCAACCGCACAACCCCAGAGAGCUCUCCUAAUGAACCUGUCAAAACGUGAAGAGAUGCAGAACAUUAUUCCAAAGGAUUGGAACCCAGCAAAAUCACUGCCCCCUUUGCCUGAUUACAGCAAUCAAUAAUUGGACUUCAAGCAGAGAUAAUGGCCGGAUCAUUCCUGCCCAUUUUUGCUUCUUUCUUGUUAGAAUCAGGUAUGAGAAAUCUUUGAGAGAUAGAUGGACAGUAGCAAGAUUUGUAAUAUCUUCUGUUAUCAAGCAAUAAGCUGGAGAAGAAACAGAUUUCUUCUCAUUUCCAUCCCAAGUGGAAACAAACGGACUGAGAUCACAUACCUCAUAGGGAAGAGUCCACUGUGAUAGGCACAGAGAAGUGCCCUAUUUUGUGGCCUUCGGUCUAGUCUCUGGUCACGUCUAGUUAAUAUUUGGUUGCUGUACACAACCAGUGAUGCACAAAAAAGGUAUCAGAAUAGGAAUGUUGUUUAAAUGAUUGCUGCACUAAUAAGUGAACAAAAUAAAGACUGUUGCAAACAUGUAAAGUAUUACAUUGUUGGCUUGGGGUUGCAGGUGCUGCUUGGACACUUUUAUACUCCUAUAAGCUUUUGGCCAUGCAUUCUGAGAGUUUUAGUUGGAAAAAUAAAUUCUUAAAUUCUGGGAACACACUUCCAUCACAAGACCACUGGUUAAAACUAAUGCUAUGAGAGAAGUUUCAUUUUCCCAAGAUACAGGAUUUCAGUGGCAAAAUGAUGGGUUGAACUCAAGAGGAAUCUGUGAAGCCUAGACAUAAAGGAGCCACUGAGUCAGCCCAGAUAUUGACAGAUGUAUCUGAGUCUAUGAAUUAUAGAGUUAGAAUAAAGUAUUAGCUUGAAGAGGGUCAGCCUGAAAAGCCUGCACUGCAAAGUACUUUUUGCCUUAUGUAUCUAUUGGGUUCUGAGCUAAAAUGUUAAACUCUGUAUGGAUUCUGAUAUGGAGUGUGCUUAAAGGAAGACACCCUCGCAUUAUUUAAGUAUUCCUAAGGUGCCUGUUGAAAAAUUACUAUUCUGAAACGUAAUGUGGCAUUGGGCCCUCUGGUGGCGCAGCGGGUUAAACCGCUGAGCUACUGAACUUGGUGACUGAAAGGUUGGCGAUUUGAAUCCAGGGAGUGGAGCAACCUCCUGCUGUUAGGCCCAGCUUCUGCCAACCUAGCAGUUCACAAACUUGCAAAUGUAAGUAGAACACUAGGUACCGCUAUGGCGGGAAGGUACUGGCACUUCAUACAGUCAUGCUGGCCACAUGACCUUGGAGAUGUCUAUGGACAAUGCCGGCUCUUCGGCUUAAAAAUGGAGAUGAGCAUCACCUCCCCCUCGCCCAGUCCGACACGACUAGACUUAAUGUCAGGGGAAAAAUUACCUUUACCCUAAUGUAGCAUCAUGGAAAAAAAGCCCCUUUCAAUAUUGCUUAUGUGUUUUCUCACACAUUUCAGUUGAAACCUUUCAAUUGAUUUCCUUAUCUUGUUGCUGUUAUGUGACCUCAAGGUGAUUCCAACCUAUGGUGACGUUAAGGUGAACCUGUUUUCUUGGAAAGAUUUGUUCAGCAGAGGUUUGCCAUUGCUUUCUUCUGACGCUGAGAGAGAGAGACUUGCCCAUGGUUACCUAUUGGCUGAGUAGGGGGUUUGAACCCCGAUCUCUAGAGACAUAGUCCCAGUGCUCAAAGCACUGACUGUACCAUGCUGUCUUCAGCUGUUCUCCAUCUGAGAACUGAGAGGAGGUAUGAUAGCCAUGUAUAAAUAUGUGAGAGGAAGCCACAGGGAGGAGGGAUCAAGCUUGUUUUCUGCUUCCCUGGAGACUUGGACGCGGAACAAUGGCUUCAAACUACAAGAAAGGAGAUUCCAUCUGAACAUGAGGAAGAACUUCCUGACUGUGAGAGCCGUUCAGCAGUGGAACUCUCUGCCCCGGAGUGUGGUGGAGGCUCCUUCUUUAGAAGCUUUUAAACAGAGGCUGGAUGGCCAUCUGUCAGGGGUGAUUUGAAUGCAGUAUUCCUGCUUCUUGGCAGGGGGUUGGACUGGAUGGCCCAUGAGGUCUCUUCCAAUUCUAUGAUUCUAUGAUCCUUUCUUAAUUUAACUAACUGCAUCAUAUUUCAAUUUAAGGUAUAGUCUUAAUUUAACUGUAACUGCAUCCAUCAUAUUUCAAUUUAAGGUAUAGGUGGGAUUUUGGAUUACAACACCCACAAUCCCUAAUCUUUUGUCAUGCUUAAUGGAACAAGUGGGAGAUGAAAGCCAAAUCUCUAAUUCUGGCUCAACCGAAGUUAGUGUUGAAAAAUGAUUCUUGGAAAUAGUUCCAAUGUAAUAAAUGUUACUUUCUGAAAACCAAUUUCAAAAAUAAACAAAAUGCAAAGGUUGUGAGACUGA